GUCAAAGACUACAGCCGCUUUAUGCCGCCGUUUUGCAUGAUCAUUUUCGAGAGUCAAAUAAAGAAAUCAGUUUAAUUAUUCUUCUGUUCAAGAAACAGAACAAACGAAUCGCAAAUGGUGAGA